UCUUUCAGUUUCUCUCAGGUCAGCAGCAUUGUUUCUAAGCAACAUUGUUUCUAAGCAGCAGUCCUGCAUGAAGCCAUAGCCUCAUUUCCCUGGCACACAAAGGAAGACAGAGGCAUGAAAGGAACAACAACAUCAAGAGGGAAAUCCUCCUCAUAAAUACCUGAAGUCAGAGAGGCUCCAAACCCAGAUCCUGAGGCCUAUUGCAAAAGUUGACACAGAUUUGUUCACUGGUAGAGACACUUGGUUCUCUCCUAGAUCCCACUGAGCUUAUGCUACAAUGACAACUAGAAUAUGGAAAGAAAACACCUGAAGAAAAAGAUUGAAAAUCUUCUGGGAGAUUAUGUUGGCAUCAGACUACGAGAAAAAGAAUUUGAUCCAAGAGGACAAAGGCCACCCACCUUUCUAGAUGACAUGGUACAUUACAACUUAGCCCUCAGUGUUGCUUUACUGUGGCUUAGUGACUUGGAUGCUCCGAUUGCACUGACAAGAGAGAAAAUGAGCUUUGCAGCUCGCAACAAAUACACAUAUCCCAACCGAACUGAGAGAGAAGCUAUGAUAUUAUCUUCAUACGCUGGAAUAUUAAUGAACAGCAUUCCCGUAGAAGAGAUCUUUGAGAUUUACAGCAUGAGGCCCUCAGCGACACACUCGCAGAGGUCUGCAAAUGACCAUUGGAUUCAACCUUUCAGGUUCUCCCUGCAUCCAUCUGCCAUGCUGACUGCCCCUGAAGCUGCAGAGUAUGCCUGGAAGCAAAGCAUCAAGUACCAGACAGCAACAGCACAUCAAAAGCAAGGACCUUGUUCAGCAAGGAGAGCUAAAAAGGACCACAAGCAACUAGACCCACUGACCAGAGGAAAGCAACACAUUCACAAAGGAGCUACAGAAGCAAAACAAGGAAUCUCUCCAAGGAAGCCUGGAACAGAUUCAAAAGUGAGGAAUACAAAGGAAGCAAAGACAUAACAAAAAACCUAGACUUCACCUACCUCACUUAGUUGUAGGUCUCUGAUGAUUUGCCUCUGUUAUGUCCAUGCUGUGUUGCCGAAGAACACUCCUCAUUUCCUAGAUGGGCUGUCAACUUUCAUCCUUGUACUGACUCUACC